UGAACAUCAAAUUUCACGUGCUGCUGACUUCCUGUAGAUUAAAGCCACAGACAUGCUCAAUAAUAACAUCCGCUCCUCUAUUUACUACGAUAGUAAGCAUGGCUUGAUACUGUUUUCUCUGCUCCUUUAAAAGGCUGAAUUAUGCUUCUCUGUGCCCGAAUUCUCAACCUAAAGCCUAUUGGCGGGACUCACAUCAGGGCUGUCUUUUUCGUAACACAUUCGCAAAAAACCAAAACAGUUAGUGGUUUAGGAGAUGUGUGUUUUGUUAAGAGUCCUGAAGACAGGUGUGAGACGACCAACAGAGGACAUCUUACGCUUUUAAAUUGGAGAAACACGAAGUUUAUAGAAGAAAGUUUCUACAAUGAAUUUUAUGCUGAUGGCAUUAAAAAGAGUAAUAAGAGAAAGAAAAAGCCAGCAUCAGGAUUUUAUUUAAGCAACAAAACUGAGAGUUUGCCUCUAUCUGAAUUAAAAUCCAACUACAGUCUUUCAGUGUAUGUGGAGCCUUUCAACAAUAGCUUAAUUGAUAUAUCCAACUUUAGCCAAUAUUCCUCAAAUGUAUUUAUUCCCAAAGACUAUAAAUGUAUAUUUCCUUCGCAGCUUUCAUCGGCUGAACAAAUGGUGUCGCCGACUAAAAAUAAUUUUGUGCAAUCAUUGCCUAGCUCUAAAACUUCUUACCUAAUGAUGGCUUUUCCAUUUUCUAACACACCGAAACAAACUAUGGCAUUGAAUAAAGGAAGUUGUCUCUGUCCUUUAAAGCCAGCAAUUGAUAAUGCAGUAGUUAACUCUUCAGUUGACCUCUUCACCAGAAGUCCAAGCAAUGCAAAUAAGACACCCCCCAAAAAACAAAAUACUGGUGGACCAUCUGAGGAACAGUUGAUUUUAAUGAAAGAAAAAUUAAUAACAAUUGUACCACAAUUUUUCAAGAAACCACAUGAUUAUCGAAUCUAUCAUCCAGAUGUGGUAUUUGUCAAUAACUUCUGGGGAAGGAAAAUCACCCGCAAAGGAAUUCGUGCCUACAUGUUGGAGUUGGUAAAAGUGAGAAUGCUGUCACAUAUGAAAUAUGCCCACCUUCAAAUGAGCAUCCUCAACAUUUCAAUCAAACCUGAGACUGCUUCUAUUCGUCUGCAUUGGCGGGUCAGUGGCCUACCACAGCUGAAAACAUUACAGAUUUGGAAUUUUAUGCCAUGGACCUAUCGCAGCUCAUUAAAAUCAGAAUCCCAGUUUUUUGAAGGCAUAUCCACUCUGUUCCUUAAUUCGGAUGGUUUCAUUUACAAGCAUGUUGUUGAUCGGAUAAUUUCAGAUGAAGAACUUCUUUCUGAGAAAAACCCAGAUUUAGCUCUGAAGCUUGGGCUCCUGUUUGGUUUGCUACCACGUACAGGAUUUCUACAAUGUGGAAUUUCGGUGCUGAGAAAAUAAUUUAGAUGAUAAAAAAAAUUUCAGAGGCAUAAAUAGCUCAGCUUUAUGAUGCCAUAUCUACAAUUAAAUAUGUUAAAGCUAUUUUGAAUUGUACAGUAUAACAGUUGUUUAAGUUUCUUAUUAAUAAAGACUAAUUUAUUCCUUG